CCAAGUAAUCGAUCACCGCCUAUUCAUUCAUUAAACAUGACACUGUGGCUGGUUAAAUUCUUGAGCGUACCGAAAUAUUUUGUUUAUUUCUUAAUCAUUUUUAAAUUAUUUGGUCAGCAAUGAGUGAAAUAAAGAAACAUACCACCGUCCGUCCACUAUCGAAACAACAGAAAAACGCUUUUGAUUAUUGGAACGGUGCGACAAAUCAAUUAGAAAAAACAAGUCUAUCGGUUUUGGAUCUCUUUCGCCGGAACAAUGAUGGCAAAAAUUUUACCAUUUAUCAGAAUCAGUAUGAAGACUUUAAACGGAUGCGUAACACUCUUAUCCAAGAUGUGACCAAUGCAAUUCAGUCAAACAAUUUGAAGCAUAUGGAAGGCGUUAUAACCGAUGCUAUGAAAAAAUUGAAAGACAAAGUUUAUCUUCAUCAUGCCACUCAAUCGGAAACAAAUGAGUUGAGAAGCUCAUUGAGCGAAGAAUACGAUGAGGCCCUGAUGGCAUUAAAACACUGCAUGGAACAAGUCCGGAAAAAGUUGCAGGUCGUCGAUAAGUGUCUAAAUCGAUUGUCGGUGGAAAUGACGUUGUUAAGCGCAAUUGGCAAAGAACUUCGAAGCUUGAUGAAAGCUACGGUUGAAGCUAAAAAAGAGAGACGCGAGAAUGUAGCUAGUACCGUUAUUGCACUGGCCCCUGAAGUUAUGUCCUACAUUCAAACGCAAUAAAAGAUCUCGCAGCUCAUUACAAUGUAUAAGAUAAGUGGAAAAUACGAUAUUGGUGCCAUACGCCUAGACACCGAAUUUACAUGUGCAACAGCCAGUUCUCCGGUGCCACUCAUUUUCAACAAUUAUGUCAAUAAAUUACUUCUGCUACA